AUGGCAAAGGUCAAAAAGAAGCACACGCGGGAGGAACAGAAGAGGCUGGCUGCGCUUGCUGCUAAAGAGCUGGAGCAGCUGAAGCUGCAGAUUGAAGAACUAGCUCCUGAGCAGGCCAAGUCGUUUACGAAAUUUGAUGAUCUGCCACUCACGAAAAACACCCUUCGAGGAGUGAAGGAGAGCAGUUAUGUCACGAUGACUGACAUACAGCGCGAUUCGAUUCCCCUCGCCUUGAAAGGACAUGAUAUACUGGGCGCUGCGAAGACGGGGUCUGGCAAAACGCUUGCUUUUUUGAUCCCAGUGAUUGAAAAACUUGUGCAUGAAAAUUGGAACGAGUACGACGGAGUGGGAGCACUAAUCAUCUCUCCAACCAGAGAGCUUGCCAUGCAGAUUUAUGAGGUGCUACUCAAAAUUGGAAAACAUCACAGCUUUUCGGCCGGACUGGUGAUUGGAGGGAAAGAUUACGAAUUCGAGAAAGAGAGAAUUGGCAAGAUGAAUAUUUUGAUAGGUACCCCUGGACGUCUUUUGCAGCACAUGGACCAGUCUGCCACGCUUAAUCUUACUAAUUUGCAAAUUCUGGUUCUUGACGAGGCCGACAGGAUUCUUGAUCUUGGUUUCAAGAAGACUCUGGACGAUAUUAUUAGCAAUCUGCCACCAGAACGCCAGUCCCUUUUAUUUUCCGCUACGCAGACCAAGUCUGUGCAGGACCUGGCUCGACUUUCUCUUGUGAACCCGGAGUACGUGAACACGAGCUCCGACACGAGCUCCACUCCCGAAUCAUUAGAACAAUCCUACGUGGUGAUACGGCUUCAGGACAAGCUGGAUAUUCUAUGGAGCUUCAUCAAGUCGCACCUUGAUAGCAAGAUUUUGGUGUUUGUUUCGUCUUCAAAGCAAGUUCAUUUUAUUUACGAGGCUUUCAGGAAGCUGCAACCGGGAAUCUCGCUCAUGAAGCUGCAUGGACGUCAAAAGCAAAAGGCCAGAAUGGAGACCACGUUCAAGUUCACAGAAAGCCGCCAUUGUUGUCUGUUUGCAACGGACGUGGUUGCACGUGGACUCGACUUUCCUGCCAUCGACUGGGUGGUCCAGCUGGACUGUCCCGAAGACGUGGCUACAUACAUUCAUCGUGUUGGCCGGUCGGCGAGGGCUGGUCGUGCCGGAAAGAGUCUGCUGAUGCUGACUCCGAGCGAGGAAGGACCUUUUGUGAAGAGGCUAGAGAGCAAGAAGAUCGUCCCAAAGAAGCUCAACAUCCGCAACUCCAAGAAAAAAAGUAUUCGCGACCAGAUCCAGUCUCUGUGCUUCAAAAGUCCGGAUCUGAAAUAUUUGGGUCAAAAGGCUUUUAUUUCGUACGUCAAGUCUGUGUACAUACAGAAGGACAAGGAGGUGUUUGACGUGAAGCAGCUUCCUCUGGACGAGUUCGCCAAAUCUCUGGGACUGCCUGGCACGCCGAAAAUCAAGAUGGUUGCAGGAGACGAGGAGCUGGCGAAACAGAAGCAGAAAAAGAAUGCUUCGCGCCAACUUAGCCUGCUGGCAAAAGCGGACGAGAAUGGUGAGGUUGAGGCCAAGAAAACGAGAACCAAGUACGAUAAGAUGUUUGAGCGGCAGAAUCAGGGCGUUCUUUCCGAGCAUUAUCUGAAACUGAACGUGGAUGCGCAGGCAGAGGACGACGACGACUUCUUGGCAGUGAAACGAAAGGACCACGAGCUGCAGGACCUGCCUACCUUGGAGGCGAACACGUCGAAACGUGCCAUGAAGAAGGCGUUGUCGAAGAAACUGGCUGCCAAGGCUCGUGGAUCGGGCACGAAGCUGGUGUUUGAUGAUGAAGGAAAAGCGCAUCCUAUCUACGAGCUGGAGGACGAGGAGGAAUUCCACAAGGAGGGCCCGGCCGAGAAGCUAAAGGAGGAGUUUGUGAACGAGGAGAAGAAAGCUAUGGCGGCUGCCGACGUGGAGGACAAAGACAUAGUGAAGAGAAAACGGCGAGAAAAAAAAAUCAGAAGAAAAGAGCUGGAGAAAAUGGAGCUGGAGCAAGAUUACACCGACAGCGAGCCGGAUUUGGAGGCAGACCUGGAGAUUUCGAGCGAGAGCGAGGACGAAAGGCCAGCAAAGAAGCCGAAGUGGUUCGAGAAGCACGAGCCAAAGCCAGACAAGGAGCCGAAGGUGAUAGAGUACGAACAGCCAGAGACCUUGGAGGAUCUGGAGGCAUUGACAGAGAAACUGAUUCACGGAGAAUAA